CUCUCUCUCCUCCACACAAAGCGAAACGAGGAUCAAAGGUUGAGAGAAGAGAAGGUUGUUGUGUGUGCCGCCGGACUCGUCUUUAUAUAGGUCUCCGCCCGCUCCAUCGCUCCUCCAGCCGACCGCCUCGGACAUCUCAGCACUCGUGAGUCGUGCAGUUGCUUCGUCAGACAGGCCAGACGCUCAGUGGAGUCCCCCAAGUCAAAAGCAUAUUGUCCAAUUCGCCCGCCGUCUGGCAGUCUUGCAGAGCAUUGGGACGCUAAACCGCCUCGGUUCACAACUGCCGCCCGCCGCCAUUGAGCAAGUUCGCGCAUUCUUCCAUUCGAGGCUCGAUACGCAAUAUUAAGACACACGACACAUCAGCUCGACGUCUUUACCGUCGACAACCAACAAAAAUGAGGCCGUCCCUCUUUACCCUGGCCGUUUUUGCCCUCUUCAUUGCUGUCGUUGCAGCUUGGAGCAAAGAAGAUCAAGAAAUCUUCCGUCUGCGCGCCGAAGUCGAAGCUUCCGAGGGUCCAGGUGUGACUUUCUACGAUUUUCUAGGCAUUUCUCGAUCUGCCAGUCAAGAAGAGAUCAAUAAGGCCUACCGUAAGAAAUCUCGACUGCUGCAUCCUGACAAGGUCAAGCAACAGUUCAUCGCCGAGAAAUCCACCGGCAAGUCCAAAUCGAAAGACGCAAAGAAGAAGCCGGGAGUGCAUGUCUCCAAAGGCCCCACGCAAUCAGAAAUCAAGGCCGCAGCGAAGGAGGCCAGUGAUCGAUUUGCGCGCUUGGGGAUAGUAACCAAUAUCCUGCGAGGAGAAAACCGCGAACGCUACGAUCAUUUUCUGAACCAUGGUUUCCCCACAUGGAAGGGGACUGGGUACUACUAUGCGCGAUUCCGGCCAGGAUUGGGCUCGGUCUUAAUUGGGUUGUUCGUUUUCGUCGGUGGCGCUGGGCAUUGGCUUGCGCUUUACAUGAGCUGGCAUAGGCAGCAGGAGUUUGUCCAGAGGUAUAUCAAGUUCGCGCGCCAUGCUGCUUGGGGCGAGAAUCUGGGGAUUCCGGGAUUGGACGGCAAUGGGGCCGCCGCUCCCCCAACCAACGCUGAUGAUGCCGACUUGGUGCAACCGAUAAACAGGAGACAGAGACGAAUGCAGGAGAAGGAUGCAAAGAAGGAUAAGUCCAAGGCAAAAGGUGUGAAGUCCGCCAGGGCAUCGCCUUCCGCGACACCUCCUGUUGGCAGCACCGGCCCUAGAAAGCGGGUGGUGGCCGAGAAUGGAAAGAUCUUGGUCGUUGACUCUGUUGGCAACGUCUACCUUGAGCAGGCGGACGAAGAGGGGCAAACCCAUGAGUUCUUGCUUGAUCCCAACGAGUUUCCUCAGCCCACCAUCAAAGACACGGCGCUCUACCGCCUCCCUGUCUGGGCUUACAAUCGACUAGUCGGACGCAUCCUCAACAAGCAGCAGCCAGACUACGAAGAUGAAAAAGAUCAAGUGGAUGCAGACGAGGUACUCCCCUCCAGCAGCAGCUCCGGAGCUGAAGAUUUCGAAGUCCUAGAGAAAGUCAAAACAACAGCGCAAAACGGGAACGGAAAAGCAGCUAGAAAGAGCAAAAAAGGCGGGCGUGGUCGGUAGAACCUUAAAAAAAGCGUGUUUCUGAUUUAUUACUGUACAAUAUGGGUUGUGUGGCUUAGACAAAAGAAAAGAUAGUGGGAUUUCAUCGACCUUCUUUACACCGAAGGGAAAAAUCCAAAUCAUACUCGUUUCUUCGCUCGUCCCAGUUAUUCAGUGUCAUGUAU